CAUAUUCUGAGUGCAGGUUCCUGCUGGAGGCUUUGCUUCAGUUUCAAAGAUCCCAAGACCACAAGAAGUUAUUCUGCAUACUCAGGUUCAACAUGGAUGGUCCACUUGAUGGAGAAAUAAAUGAACAAAUUCGAGCAAUGAUGGAAACUGACCCAACUGCUGCUGCAGCAAAGAUAAAAAAAUAUUUAGAAGAAACAGAUAACAUUCAACUAAACAUUGCCAUUACAGGAGAACCUGGCACUGGCAAAUCAACAUUUGUCAAUGCUUUUAGAGGGAUAAAUAACAAUGGUGAGGGAGCUGCACCUACUGGUUGUGAAAACAAGACCACAAAUCCCACCUCCUACCAUCAUCCAGACUACACCAAAGUCAUCUUAUGGGAUCUUCCUGCUAAUCAGUUCAGGGAAAAUGAUGUGAAACUGGCCAAUGAGAUCCAAAAGAUGGGGAAGAAGUUCUACUUUGUUUGUUCAAAGGUCAACCAUAAUAUAAGGGAUGAAGAACGAAGUCGGGUGGAUUUUACAGAAAAAAAGACUCUGGAAAAAAUCACUGAGGACCGCAUGAAAGGGCUCAAAGAGCUGGGAAUUGAGUCUCCACAAGUUUUCCUUCUGCGCAGCCCUGAUGUCAGCCUGCAAGGUGUGAAGGAAUUAAAGAGCACAUUUGAGGAAGAACUUCCUGAACUCAAGAGGCAUGCUCUGCGUUUGGCCAUGAGCAACCUUAAUCUGCAGGUUUUAACCAAAGAGAAAGAAAUCUUUCUGUCCAACAUAAAAUAUUAUUCUGUUAUCUCUGCAGCUGGAGCUGUCUUACCAGUUCCACUGCUUUCUGCUGCUGUUGAUCUGAGCUUGAUCUGUUUUGCACUUAGACAGUAUCGUGUUGGGUUUAGACUUGAUACUUUUCCACUGGGAAAUCUAUUUGCUAUCACAAAAAUCCCUCUUUUCUGGAAGGUUUUGUUCCAAGUCACAAACACAUGUGCAAUUGCAUCAUUUAAAGAGGACUUUAGUUUCAUGUCAAGAAUCCUAGCACUGUUCUUUACAACUUAUGUAGCUGUAAAGAUGUCCGUCUCUGAGCUUGUUGAGAAAUUAUAUGGGUUUUUCAAAAGGGCUUUGGGGUUGAACACAUAGUGAUUAAACUACAUAGAUGACUCAUUUAAAGCAGGUACAAUGAACUCUGCAAAAGUAAAUCUAAAAAUGUAGCUGAUGUAAAUAAGCUACAUUUUUGUUUUUGUCCUGAAAUCAUAUAAUGUCGGAAUGAUAUGUCUGAAAUCAACAGUGUGUGAAAUACUUCCAUCUUGUGGAAUGUUAGAAAAUUGCAAUUUCUUGAAUAUUUUAGUACUCCCUAACUUUUGAGCAAAUUUCAAUAAACUUUGAUUCGUGAAGAUAACAAGAAAACUGUCCCUCUAACAAUUUUAUUAUGGUAACGAAUGAAUUUCUAUUCAUUAAGAUCUCUGAUUAUUGCUAGGCUUGUUUUGAAGGGGAAGAAUUGAAGCCUGAAACAUUCAUUUGGGAAUGAUAAUGAUUGGCAUGAUUACUAAUGAUGAACUAUAAGGAUGAUUAAUUUGGAGGUAGAGUAAGAGAGAAAAGGUUAAGAUUGUUUAGAUAUAUUCUGAUAACAGAAACACCAUUGAAGGAAGAACUGCACCAUUUCCACCAUCCUUUUAUCAUAACUGCACUUCUUCAAAAGCUGCUGUUUUACUACAGAUAUGCGUAGGUCUCAGAAACCAAUAUGGCAUUAAAUGUUUUAUCUCUUUAAAUAUGUACUUAAAGAAAUGAAUUACUUUUGAAGUUUGCAUUGUUCUAGACAAAAAUAUAAUUUUAAGCACUGUAUUUAAUAUUUGGUCUCGAUUGUGUAAUAAACAUUUUGAUGUGUCUCAAUUUCUUCACUUGA